AAAACUGAGUCAAAAAAUAUUUUGGCUAAAUUUGAAGAAAAAAUCCCCAGGAUACCAUUAUUAGGAAAAGCAUCUAACUAUAUCAAAAAGUACCUUGAAGGCAAAAUGGAUAAAAUUUUUGAUAAUGAAUAUAA